UAUACAAUGUAUAGGAUACUACGUUCACAUAAUUUUAGUAGAUUUUGGCUCGCAUAUAAACUUCUAUUUGCUUGCGCUCGCAACAUGUAUUAACAGUAUACAAGGUACCGUAAUUGUCAAGCUCAUGCGCAUGCGCUUGACACGCAGUGCACUCGAGCGGAUUAUAAUGCAGCAGCACCAACCGCACUUGAUUGGAUGAAAGUUCACGCUUCAAAGUUCAAGACAAGUUCGUUCAAAAGUUGUCCAUCAUGACGUUGUCAUUGUGUGCUUGUUGUAAUGCUAGUCAGGAUCCAGGGUCUCUAAACGAUUUAGAGUCAUUCCUACCAUCACAGUUCAAACAUGAAGUUUGUAGCUACAAGAAACUUGGUGGGGAGAAGAACUUUCAAUGUGUAUUGAGGAUGAAAGUAGAUAAUGAGGAUGAUGUUCAAUCCUGGUUAGAAGCUUUCAAAAGCAGAACAGAUUCAGUGACAUGGAGGUUAGCAAGGACAUAUCCUAAUGCUGGUCUUAAAAACCAAUAUAAGAUUGACUUGCGAUGCCAGCACAACACUCGACACACAUGCAAACCUGGAAAGAGAACAAAAGAUACCAAGUGCCCUGCCACAAUGUCCCUUGUUCUGAAAAAGUCCAUCAAAUAUCCCAGAUCCAAGGAUCCUCACAUCAAGGCAGGACUUCUAUUCAUUGUUACUUUGAGGUUUGAACACAACCAUCCACUCUCAUGCGCUGACGUUUUGAAGAGGAAAGAUGUUUCUGAAGCCACCGUCACCAAGCUGAAAACCUUGUUCCAAAAUGGACACUCUCCCUCCUCUGCGCUUGAUAUGAUUAAAUAUGACCUUCAGGAGGAGCAUGGAGACCAGUAUGUUUAUGUCUCUGCAGACCGUUCUAUCUUACCGGACCCUCAGUUUUGCUACAGGUUGUACUACAAAGUAUUUGAACAAGCUUAUGGUCCAGCUUCUGGUGAGGCAAUGUUUGUAGACCUGGAGAACAGGAUCCAUCUUUAUAAUGAAGAGCAGCAUCAGACUUGUGCUAAAAUUGAACAGACGUCUGAUGAUCAAACUGUUAUUGCCAUCUGUACACCUCUCAUGAAAAGAGCACAUGAAACCAUAAAGCACAGUGGAGAGUUAGUGUUUGUUGACUCCAGUGGGAACUGUGAUAGACACAACAGUAGGAUUUUUGUAAUGUUGACCCACUCGUCAGCCGGGGGGGUGCCACUGGGAAUCAUUGUUGCGACUUCGGAGUCCCAAUCAACUGUUACCGCUGGAUUUAAACUAUUGAAAUCCAUUCUUCCAGAUGGGGCUUUCUAUGGAAGAGGAGAAGAUGGUCCUCAAGUAAUAAUGACGGAUGACUGCAAGGCGUUACGACAGGGACUGCACGCUGUCUACCCGGAUGCUGCAUUGAUCCUGUGCAUCUUCCAUCUCCUCCAAGCCAUGUGGAGGUGGUUGUGGGAUGCCCAUAGUGGCAUUCCUAAGCAAAAUCGUCCGUAUCUGCUUCAGUUGUUCAAGCGCAUGGUAUAUGCGGAUACUACUGUUGAGUUAGAGGUGCAACACAAUCAUCUCUUGAAUGAUGAAAUUGUACAUAAGUAUCCCAAGUUCCUGGCCCAUGUAGACACAGUAUACCAAAGACGUGAGGCAUGGGCAGAUUGUCUACAGAAGGAGCUGCCAAUACGGGGCAAUAGAACAAACAACUUUGUGGAGAGCUCCAUGAGAGUCAUCAAGGAGAAAGUGUUCAUGCGCUUGAAGGCUUUCAAUGUUACUCAAACCGUUCACUUCCUCUACACGCGACUGGAAGCCUACUACAUUCGUAGGCUAAUGGAUGUUGCCAACAACAGGAUGGCUAAUCCUUCACAGUCCAAGUACAAUGCAGAUGAUGGUGAUGUCAACUUGGAUAACAUUGUCAAGGAGGGGGACACAAGCUUCACUGUACCUAGCAGAUCAUCAGAGAGACUGUAUCACGUUGAUAUUACUCUGGGUACAUGCACCUGUCCUAUUGGAAUCACUGGUGGACCAUGCAAACAUCAGAGUGCUGUCAUGAACAAGUUCAACAUAGAGAGUACAAACUUCUUGCCAACAUGUUCACCUAAUCUGAGGAAAAUGUACUAUUUCAUUGCGACAGGUAGGCCUGAACUCGAAAUUGUCGUGCAUUGGUUUUUGACAGGCGUGUAUCAAUCAAUCAGGCAUGUUUUUUACGUCUGGGACUGACAUUCAUAUGUCACCAUCUGAGAGACUUGACUGGAUCAAAAACCAGGGUCCACUCCAUGUCAGUUUGUAGGCUGAUGCACAUAGUUGAAUAUGAGCGCUCUCACUAUUAAUUCCAGUUGAUUCCAUCUGAUUUUCCAUAUUGAAACCAAUUACUUUUACAAUUUCAUGAGCUCAACAAUAUUUUUAUUUUUUAAUUACUUUGGUAUAUCUGUGGAAUCUCAUGCAAAAGGAAAUAUCUUGUACCAUAUAAAUAUACAUGUACAUGACUCAUGUGUAUGAGGGAGAAAUUGAAUAAUUAUUGUAAACAGAUGCCAAUGUCAAAAUGUUGGAUAGAGAUGGCAUGUUGAAAUAAAAAUAAAAAAUAUGUACUGGUAUGUUAUAAUAAAAUGAUUGUAUUUUCCUGUCUUUUCAAAUUGGUGUCAUUAAUAAUCCUAAUCCUUAUCCUCAUGUUUUCAUGUCAGUGAAAUGUGAUGGAAAAGAUGGUUAGUAAAUUAAUCUUUCUGCUGUUAUUUUAAAUGUGAUGUAUGAAAUUACACAUUUUCAUUGUGAAUUAGUUCACACACUUAUUUAGAAAGUUUUUAAACAACAAUGAGUGCCUUUGCAAGGAUAUUCCAUUCUAAAUCCUGAUUUUUCUUUAAAAAACAGGAAAUAUGCAAAUGAGGUAAACCACGUGAUCAGCAUCAUCAGAAUUACUGGUAUUACUGGUCUUGACCAGUUUAAUUUCAAACAAUGAAUUGCUUUAGAACAGUUGACUCUAUCAGAUGAAUAUAUCUUGCUUUGAUCUUAAUCAUCUAAAAAAGGAAAUAA